CUGCAGCAGAAUAAAAAAUGGGUAAUGGUGAGAAAGGCAAGAAGAUUUUUGUUCAGAAGUGUGCCCAGUGCCACACUGUGGAAAAGGGAGGCAAGCACAAGACUGAGCCAAAUCUCCAUGGACUGUUUGGGCCCAAGACAGGACAGGUAGUUGGAUUCUCUUAUACAGAUGCCAACAAGAACAAAGGCACCACCUGGGGAGAGGAUACACUGAUGGAGUAUUUAGAGAGUCCCAAAAAAGUACUUUCUGGCACAAAAAUGAUCUUCACUGGCAUUAAGAAGAUGGGAUAA